AUGCGCAAAGCAAGCCUCAUCGCCAUCCUCGCAACCGCCAUCACCAGCGUAACAGCCAUCGACAAAAUCGGCCGCUCAUCAGACAAAUGUUUCGCCUACGCCGUCACCGAUGAGGCCUGGACAGAAAACAACAUGAGAAGACGGCGGGUCGUAUACGAUACCACGAAGAGCAUUCUGCAUUACGAUCAGACCAUGUAUAGCAUUGGGUGGAUGUGGUCAAACGAGAAGGAAGCAUGCAAAGCUCGUACGGUAGAUACCGUCGUGUACUACAACGGCAUCGUCGUUCCGGCAGGCGCAUACGUUAUCGACAGCAGCGAGAUACUGAGUGAAGAUGGGGAUCGCGCGCAUCAGUGUCUUUUGGAUGUGUUCAGGACUACUUUGGGGAACAACCUGAACUGCACGGUAUGA